AUGGGGUUGAUGAGCAGCUUGGAUGAGAGGAACGCCGAGAACCUGUUUCUCUUCUCUCUGUUGACAAUCUUCUUUGCUCUCGCAUCUGGGCGCUAUCUCAAAGAAUCAGCCGUCGUCUGGGAAUCCGCCUUCCCAGACUGGACAUUUCUGCUCUCUGGGGCAUGUUCGCUCAUAAAACUCUUGAACGCGAGGAUAUAUGAUGGGCCUCUACUACCGAUCAUUCGGUACGCAACGGAAAGAUUCUUUACGGCCAGGGACGAGACUUCGGCACACCCAGAGAAUCUCGAAAAUCUCAGGAAACUGAUUGGCAGCAACUGUCAAGAUGAGAACCUGUUAGAUAUCUAUAACUAUGCUAUCGACGAGUUGAGACACCCUCUCUCGCUCGCGCUGCAUGGUGGCGGCCAUGGCAUGGACAUUAUGGACAUGUUCAUCUGGAAGUACUUCGUUGCGGAGGAUUUUCUGCCCUUGCUGAAGACACCUGAGACGAAUCAGGAGGCUGUUGUUAUUUAUGCCCACUUUUGCAUCGUUCUAGGAAAACUGGAGAGUCAGUGGUGGCUACAGGGCUGGGCGAAGCAUUUGAUAUCUCAGGCUUGGGCGUUGCUUGAUGAGAGCUAUAAGCCGUGGAUACAGUGGCCGAUGGAGGAGUUGGGGUGGGUGCCACCGCAGUAG